AGGGAAGCCAACCAUCACCCUUUUGUAACCGUCACAGCUUUUGCAACAACGAUGACAACAACGCAAGCGCUGAUUGAUGGCGCCCUCAAGGGUGCAACUGAGGAGGAGAGGCUCAAGUGCCUGGACCAGCUGUGCCAGCCAGCACGAGCAGCUAAGUUGACACAGGACAACGUGGAGGAGCUCUCCGCACUGCUGCUGGCGACAGACACCCUCUUCUUUCGCUAUUCCGACGUGCUGCUUGCGUGCCCAGCUGUCGCAGUCAAGGCACUUGAUGUCCUGCGGGUGGAGCCCGUGUUGUCCACAAAGGCUGUACUUGCUAGCAGAAUAUACGGCCUGCUGGCAGCCAUUGGCGUGGCGAAUGAGCCCCAGUGGAAGGAGUGCCGACGCCAGCUGUUGGCAUCGCUGGCCGAGGAUACAGGCGUUGCUCACGCCCAGUGCUUUCGCGAGCUGCGGUUCCUGCACGGCAUUCAAGAGCAGGAACCGGGCUUUCCCUACACGGCCGCUGCCAAGUUCAGGCCGCCAACACAUACACCGGACGAAGACACGCUUCGUGUGGUCAAGGACGCGUAUCUGAACGGCCUUCUCAGACCCCAACAAUGCGGCGGGUACAUUGACUUCUUGGAGGAGAGCGGCAUUGCUGUCGAUCCUGACGACGAAGCGGUGCAGUCUGCAGCCCUCAACACCUGGGAGGGACAAUACAGCCGCCUCCCCAAGGAUGUCCUCGAAGAAAUGGGUCUUCACCACACAUUUGAGGAGUCCCAGCAGUUGCGUGAGACCUUGCAUGAUGAGCGAGUCGAGGCGUUACGGGAGCACUGGAUGCUUCUCCAUCAAAAGAAGCGCGCUGAAACGCUCAGCAGAGCCCUCACAAAGGCGAUCUUCAUCUUCAUUGUGUACUUCAUCCUGAUGUGGACAUACGGCUAUUAUGCAAAGUUGCAAGAGGAGCAAGACGGCCAAUAAAUGAGCACUGCUUG